GGGUACGGGGUCGGUUUCUGGGCAGCGUUGUGAAGAUCGGCGUCUCUCCCGCAUUCCUCUCACUGCUGAUCUGAAGCAGGCACUGAAAAGAAGCAGCAGCAGAAGCAGCAGCAAUUAAAAAAAAAUACAACCAACCUCAUCGGGAGCAGUGGGAGCGAUUGCGCAAUUCUGCCCAGAUUUCCUUCCCUCCCCUUCCUCUCCUGCCAACCCCCAAUGCUGCUCAACUCCCGAGGAAACAGAAAGCUGAUUCAUGGAGCCCAGACCCGGUUUCCUCUCCGUUUGAAGAUCAUGAUGCUGCUGCUUGAGACUUUGUGUUAGCUCCCUUUCUCUCCCCCUCCCCCAGCGCGAGAGGGAGGAAGAAAGAAGCCCGUUCUCUCCGCUAGCCUUGCCUUUUCUCUAUUUUGGAAGUGUAGUUACUGGCUGGCUCAAACCCGGGAAACAUUGAUGCAUCGCUCUGGAAAUUCAUUGUGUGACUUUCUUGGUAUUUGCUGAGUUUCAACCCGAGAUGCAGCUCUUGAAAGCUUUAUGGGCAUUAGCAGGAGCAGCUAUCUGCUGUUUUCUUAUAUUUGUCAUCCACUCCCAGUUCCUUAAAGAAGGUCAGUUGGCUGCAGGUACAUGUGAAAUUGUUACUUUGGACAGAGAUAGCAGUCAGCCUCGAAGAACUAUAGCCCGACAAACAGCCCGUUGUGCAUGUAAAAAAGGACAGAUUGCUGGUACAACAAGAGCAAGGCCAGCCUGCGUCGAUGCACGCAUUAUAAAAACAAAACAGUGGUGUGAAAUGCUUCCAUGUUUAGAAGGAGAAGGCUGUGAUUUGCUAAUCAAUAAAUCAGGCUGGACCUGUACACAACCAGGUGGGCGAAUAAAGACAACUACGGUCUCCUGACAAAUGGAACAACAGAGAAGCCUUGUGGGAGUUUUUAGGCUCUUUGUGGGCUACAUUCCCUAAUCAAGUUUUCACUGCUGUGGAUCAUCAUCCAUUACAUGUCAUCAGUUCAACUGUCUCUUUCUCUGUAUUUCAUCAAAGACAGCAUAAUUCUACAUUAUGAGCUAAAGUCUGUUCCAUCAUACUAAAGAGCAUUGGACUAAGGAAUAGAGUUGUAAGAGAAAUGCUUGGGCAUUAGCAAUACAAAAACAACAAAACAAAACACCAAUUCACAGUCAACGUCUCAUCUGCGUUACAAGUCACUGCUGGACUUGAUCUGUGGUGAUGUUUUAAUCUGAAAAAUCAACUACACUGGAGUGUUCUCAUCCCAAUCCGCCUUAGAGAAGACUGUUUUGUCUAUGGGAGGACAAUAAGGUGCGGAAGACAAUUUCUUCUUGUGCCCUAGACUGCCUGAAUUGCUUUAUUUUCUUAAGUUUCCGUAUAUACAAUAGACCAAAGAGCAAAAUUUAUUUUGAAGUGGACACAAUGUUACUGUUAAAAGAAAUUGGGGGUUUCAGCAUUAUGGGGACUACCCGGCACGACUUUGACUUGCCUUGUGCUGCAGUGUUGCUGUCCAGCAAAUGUCUUCAUGGAACAUUGCAGAAAAAGCUGGAACAGCUCUUGGAAAAAAGUACAAUAAGAAACACAAGGGAACAAGGAGAGAAAAUGGCCGUUCUUCAACAAGAAAACAGAACUUGGAUUAAAAACAACAUAGACUGUCUACGCACCACCUUUAUUCUUCCGUGCUUAGAUUGACUUCUCGUACUAAAAUCAUUUUGAGUUUAACCAGUUCAACAUGCCUCUUCUAUGGUUCCAUUUCUUUUGAUCGUUAAAAGUUGGAUAAUACAGUAUUUGCAAAGAGCAUGUUCGGUCAUCUGUGGCCUAUGUCUCAUCUGAAACACCAUUUAGCACCAGAAAGCAGAUCCGAGGGGGGGAGUAACACUUGUUUGAAAGAGAUCAUUAAAUGUAUUUUGAAAAGCCUAAAGUUAUAUAUUUAACAGUUUUUAUAUGUUGUAUAUUUGUAGAAAAUCCUAUUUAACAAUUAACGUGGUAACUCUGACAGUCAUGACAAAAAUGGUUCAGAGUUAAGUUGUGUUUAUAUUACUUCAGUUGUCUCUGAAGUUACUGGUGUAGUUUGCUUUCUUCCAUUGGGACAUUCUGGAUGUAAAGCAUGGCCAGAGAGGACUCUGUAGAAAAAGCAAAGAACAAUGUUGUUUAUAUUACAUAAAUGCAUUCAACCAUUGCACUUGUGGAAGGCUUUCUGUUUCUCUCUCUCUCUUCUUUCCCUCUAUUUUGCUUUUUUUACCCCCCUUUUUCUUUGAGGGAUGGUGGUCUUUUAUAUACCAGUAAAACAGUGUACAAUAUUUUAGUCACUUGCUUUCCAUACUGAGUUAUGUUUUUUUUCCUCUCUCUCCUGUCCUUUCGAAUUUGAUAACAAAGGUCAGCUUAAUUAAAAUGGGUUGGUUUGGGUUUUUUACCUCAUACUUUAAAAAGCCCUCUUGUUCAAUAUUAUAGAGUAGUGAAAAGUUACAUAAGAGUGAUAUUUAAGAAACAAGAAAAGGAAAAAAAUUAGAACAAAACCUCCAGAAGUGGUACCCCUCUCAUCUACAAGUCUGGCUCACAGAGAUAUAAUGAAGUCAAGAAAUGGAAUUUCCUCCUUCCCCACAAAUAUUUGCUGAUAUUAAACUCCCCUCCCCAUGUCCACUGUAGUAUACUACCUAAAUACUCCAAUUAACUUUAAAUAUUAUGCUAGUUCUAUGCUACUAAAGAAAAAUAUAUAGGGAUUGUAAAAGCAACCAUAGAUGAGAGGUAUGAAAAAGAAGUUCAUUUGUACAAGAUCUCUCCUGAUUUCAGGAUUAUUUUAAUACACAGGUUGAGGAAACCAUGAAUUAUAGGUGACAGUGUCUAUGAAUAAAAUAUUUGCUUAGAUUGUCUUAUUUCAUCAUAAGGGUUUUGAUCAGUGUCCAAGUAGCAAUUAACGCCCAGCCACCUGAAGAGUAUUAUGAACUGACUGCACUAUAAAUGACCAAUGUCUGAUUUAAAAUGUCAUGCAAUAAGUGAUGGUAGAUACUUCACCUGUAUUAUAAGAAUUGGAGAGCCAAAUCCCUCACUCCACUGAGUUUCUCUUCUGUUACAGAUUUAUUUUUCAAAGGGAGUGUAGUAGCCUUAUUUAGUAAAUACUGAACAAAAAUUAAAAUGUUUCAACAUUUUUUGUUGCUUUACAGUAUUCAGUUUUGUGUUGGUUCAGCUAAAUUAUGAAAAAAAUAAAAUCCUUUUAUAAGCAAGACUUGCUCACUACUCAUGACAUGAGACAACUGUUUCGUUUUUUGUUUUGUUUUUUGGAAGGAGGGAGGGAAUGAGGAAAGAAGGGUUCUGUGGAGAGAAUGACUGAACAUUGCAUAUUUACAAACUGACUGCAUGCUAAGGACUAUUUCUGUGUCAUAAUUGAGGUUAAAGGUGCAACCAUC